CCCUUUGGGCGCCCGUGACCCUCGCUUCUGGAGUCUCUGCUGGCUCGUGGCUCUCCCGCCCGGACCCGCACCCACGAUGCUGGCUCUCCGCUGCGGCCCCCGUCUGCUCAGCCCCCUCUCCGGCCCGCGCUCCGCGCACCUGCGUCUACCCGCGGCCCGCGCUUGCAGCAGCGGCUCCCGAGACCCGUCCUCUUCCUCCCGGAACCCGCUCGUGUACCUGGACGUGGGCGCCGACGGGCAGCCGCUCGGCCGCGUGGUGCUGGAGCUGAAGGCAGAUGUCGUCCCAAAGACAGCAGAGAACUUCAGAGCCCUGUGCACCGGGGAGAAGGGCUUCGGCUACAAAGGCUCCACCUUUCACAGAGUGAUUCCGUCCUUCAUGUGCCAGGCCGGGGACUUCACCAACCACAACGGCACGGGCGGGAGGUCCAUCUACGGGAGCCGCUUUCCUGACGAGAACUUCACACUGAGACACAAGGGGCCAGGUGUCCUGUCCAUGGCAAAUGCAGGCCCCAACACUAACGGCUCCCAGUUCUUCAUUUGCACCGUAAAGACAGACUGGCUGGAUGGCAAACAUGUUGUGUUUGGCCAUGUCAAAGAGGGCAUGGAUGUCGUGAAGAAAAUAGAAUCUCUCGGCUCCAAGAGUGGGAAGACAUCCAAGAAGAUUGUCAUCACGGACUGUGGCCAGGUGAGCUAA